AUGAAAACACCUAAAAAUGAACCAAUUCUCACCUAUAAACGAGGUAGUAAUGAGCGAAUUGCUCUUGAUAAGAAAUUGCAUGAAAUGGCUGAUCAAACUGCGCAUAUUCCUCUUUGCAUUGGCUCAGAAAAGAUUUAUAAUAAUCUCGAAAAGGAGCAAAUCAUGCCUUCUGAUCAUAAAACUGUGCUAGCCAAAUUUACCUUCGCAACUGCUGAACAAAUCAAUCAUGCCAUCGAAAUUGCUAUGGCUGCUAAAGAAAAAUGGGAAAUGACACCACUCAAAAAGAGGGCAGAUAUUUUAUUACAUGCAGCAGACCUUUUAAGCGGCAAAUAUCGUAUGGCUAUAAAUGCUGCCACUAUGCUUGGUCAAGGAAAAUCAAUCGUCCAAGCUGAAAUCGAUGGAGCUUGCGAACUCACAGAUUUUUUCAGAUUCAAUGCUAUGUUUACUCUAGAUGCGGAUAAAUAUCAACUGAUUUCGCCGCAAGGCAUCACCAACUCGAUGAUCUUACGGUAA